AUGAAUGCUCCGAUGAAGAAAAAGAUCCAAAAGAAGUGCAAAAUCCGAGGCUACAACAUCAAACCUGAAGCCCUCGACGAGAUCCUCUCCUUCGUCACUCGAUUCGAACCCACCGAACAAGAAGAAGCCAUCGAUCUCGUCCUCGAGAACCUUGAACACGAAUCUGUCAAAUCUACAGUAAUUGAUGUGGAGCCAGUUCAACGAGUGUUGAACUUGCUAUUGGAAGCCGACGCGGCGGAGGAAACUGUUGAAACCUUCGCUUCAUCUUCUUCUGCUAUUGCCGUCAUUGAUGUGUUUGAUGUUCUUAGAUAUAAAUAUGACGCUAUCAGAAGGAAUUUCUACCUGUACCCAGGAAGCUCACCUCUUCACGGAGAUGCAGCAGCCAAAUCUGCAUUGUACAGGGAUAGGUUUAUGUUGUUGUCCCAGAGGCUUUCUCGUCACCAAGAUUUUACGAAACCUGCUUUUGAGUCUGAACUUUCCCAAUUCAGGAGUCGUGAGAUAUCUCCUAUUCAAUCUCUAGUUGGGCAAAAAGGUAGACGAUGGGUAAUGGGAGUAAUAUCUCAGCUGGAGGAUGGGCAUUUUUACUUGGAAGACCUUACCGCUUCAGUUAAAAUCAGUUUAUCUGAUGCUAUAUCCUUUUGUGCUUUGACAAAUCCAUACAAGAUUACUACGGGAUUCUUCUUAGAGAACACCAUAGUUGUGGCUGAAGGCGAGAUGGUAUCUGCAGAGGGCAUUUUUCAGAUUUAUUCAUGUGGAUUUCCUCCACCAGAGGAUAGAGAUAAAUCACUUCAAGUGCUUGCAGGCCAUAACUUUUUUGGUGGUUGCACUUUUACAAAAGAAGAAACGAUCAGACAGGAAGAGAUGGAGAAAAGAGCAGUCAAUGACAUGUUUGUCAUACUAUCUGAUAUUUUUGUAGACAAAGAAGAGGCUAUGGGAAAGCUAGAGAUUGUUCUAGAUGGUUUUGAGAGUGAGGAAGUCGUUCCUUCCUUAUUUGUUUUCAUGGGAGACUUCUGUUCUGUGCCAUAUAGCCAAGCAUCAGGCCCUUUCUCGAUCCUGAGGUUGCAGUUUGGCAGGCUAGGGAAAAUUAUUGCAGCCCGUCCAAGAUUAAAAGAGAACAGUCGAUUUCUUUUUAUUCCAGGUCCUGGUGAUAUAGGUCCUUCAACAGUUCUUCCUAGGUGUAGAUUACCUAAAUGUUUAACUGAGGAGUUCCAAAAGUAUAUUCCCGAAGCCAUAUUUUCAAGCAAUCCAUGCAGGGUAAAAUUCUAUACACAAGAAAUUGUGUUUUUCCGCCAGGAUCAGCUGUAUAGCAUGAGUCGUUCUUCUCUAGUGCCACCUUCUGUGACAGAAACUACUGAUCCUUUUCAGCAUUUUGUUGCCACAAUAACCCACCAGAGUCAUCUCUGCCCCCUACCUCUAACUAAACAGCCUAUCAUAUGGAAUUAUGACCAUGGCCUUGAUUUAUAUCCAACUCCGCACACGAUAGUCUUAGGAGAGAGAAGUCCACAGAAGGCUUUUAAAUACACAGGAACCACUUGUUUUAAUACUGGAUCCUUCUCGAUGGAUAGCACAUUUGUAGUGUACCGUCCUUGCUCUCAGGAAGUUGAAUUGUCAUCCUUGUGA